GACGCCUCCAGAUCCGGAUUUCUCAUCACAUAGACGGAGCACACACAUGGCUGUGACGUCAGGUGUGGAGUCUGGUGUGGUCUGCACACACCUGCCUACUGUGUGCUCUCUUCUGUGCACACAUUGACCGCGUAUAUAUAUAGAUAUAUAUACAUAUUUCUCGUCAUCUGGCCAGCAAGAGGUAGUUCUCAGGAUGUCGCUCUUCUGUUUGGUGCAGGAACUAUACAAAUAUUUUGUUAAAGAAAAGGACUACUGAUGAAUUAGCAGCAAGUUUUGGGUCUUGUGUGCUUUCCAGCUUCACUGAAGUUCCCACUUUGCCACACUUGUCAAGCGAUCAACAUCAUGGAUACCUCAUGGGAUAAUCUUCCAGUUAAACUUUUGGCUCCUGUUAAACGAACUAUCCAAGACUUUGGUUUCCAAAGCAUGACCCCUGUUCAGGCUGCUUGCAUCCCAUUGCUGCUCAGUCACAAAGAUGUUGCAGCUGAAGCAGUAACUGGGAGUGGGAAAACGUUAGCAUUCCUGAUUCCCAUCAUUCAGAUUUUAAAACAGCGUGAAGAUCCCUUAAAGAAGCAUGACAUCGGAGCUCUCAUUGUGUCCCCGACCCGGGAGUUGGCCACACAGAUUCAUGAAGUACUACAAGGGUUCCUAAAAUAUUGUCCACAGAUCACUUCCAUGCUAACAGUUGGAGGAUCAUUUGCUGGUGAUGACCUCCAGACUUUCAAAAGUAGAGGGGCCCACAUUUUAGUGUCCACACCAGGACGCCUUGAAGACUUGCUGGCUCGUAAUACAUUUGAAGGUCCCAGUCUUGCUGCUGGUGUAAAGGCCUUAGAAAUAUUGAUCCUUGAUGAAGCUGACAGACUUUUAGACUUGGGUUUUUUUAGUACCUUGAACACUAUCUUUGCUUAUCUCCCUAAACAGAGAAGAACCGGUUUAUUUUCUGCUACACAAACUUCAGACGUCAUCAGCCUUAUUCGUGCAGGAUUAAGGAAUCCUUUACAGGUGAAGGUAAAAGAAAAAGAUGCAACAGGGGAUGAUAGAACACCUCUUUCUCUACAUAAUUAUUAUAUGGUGUGCGAGGAGGAGAAGAAAUUUGACAUUUUAGUUAAGCUUUUGCAAGACAGGGAAUCAAAGAAAACAAUGCUCUUUCUACCCACUUGUGCUUGUGUUGAAUAUUUCACAAUUGUAUUGAAAGAAUUGUUAAAAAAUAUACAAUUUUUAUCUUUGCAUGGUAAAAUGAAGGAGAAGAGAUUUAAGGUAUUUGAUAAGUUUCGAGCUCUUAAAUCAGGGGUCUUAUUAUGCACAGAUGUAAUGUGCCGUGGUGUAGAUAUACCGAGUGUUGACUGGGUCAUCCAAUAUGAUCCACCCUCUACAGCUUCUGCAUUUGUUCACCGUUGUGGCCGCACUGCAAGAAGUGGCAAUGAGGGUUCAGCGAUUGUCUUGCUACGACCAUGUGAGACAGAUUAUGUAGAAUUCAUCGAAUUGAACCAAAAAGUUACCUUGAAUCCUUUGGAUUCUCCAACAGAUGUACCUGAACUUUUGAAGAAAUUAAGGAAACUACAGCUCCAGGAUCGUUCAGUAAUGGACAAAGCAAAUCGUGCAUUUGUGUCAUUUAUUCAGUCAUAUGCUAAACAUGAGUGUAAUGUGAUUCUUAAUGUUAAAAGCUUGAGUCUUGGUCGCACUGCCUCUAGUUUUGGCUUACUGAAACUUCCCAAAAUGCCCGAGUUGAAAGGUGUGAAUGUUACUGACUUUGUCCCUGUAAAAAUGAAUUACAAUACUAUUGCUUAUAAAGAUAAGCAAAAGGAAAAGAGCAGGCAGCAGAAACUCAGCAUAUACAGAGAGACAGGUCAGUGGCCGGGUAUGAAGCCGUACACACCAAAACCUGAACCUUGGUCUCAGAAAAAGGAUAAAAUGGAAAAAAAGAAGAAAAGACAUGAAAAGAAACUGAAGCGAGGGCACCAGUUUACUCAAGAAGACUUGGAUGAUUUGGAGGAAGAUUUUCGCAUGGUGAAAAAAUUAAAAAGAGGCAAAGUCAAAACCAAGGAUUUUGACAAGCACUUUGGCUGCGAUGUUGAUGAUGAAACACAAGAAGAUGAUGAAGGGGAUGCUAGCAGAAACAAAUAAAUAGAUAUGAAAAAUUGGAGCUUGUUCAUUUUUAACAGUUGAAAUUUUAUUGUAAUCUAGUUACUGUUCAAUGAGUUAGUUUCUGAUAUGCUGAGAAAGUCACUAUUUACAUACUGUGCUUUCAGAAUAUAUUUUAAUACCUUAUCUCUACAUAAAUACAGAAAGUACUGUACUAUUAUACUGUUCUUAAAAAAAGUUGUAUGUUGAGAUGCAGUAAAUGUUCAGUUGAAUAAACAUAAGCAAAUUAAUGUUUUUAUUAUGAAAACAGUUAAAUUAAGGUAAAUACUUUGGGAAACUGAAAUGCCAAGAUUGCUGUACAGUAUUUGAAAUUAUAAUACUUGUAUAAAUAUAUACAAGAAGCUACCUGAGACUUUUAUUUAUUAAUAUUAAUGAUUUUAUUAUUAUUGGUAAUUUGUUUUUUCUUACAAAGGCUGAGAUGUACUUCCAAAAUUGAUCUAUAAAAAUGUGAAAAUCUAGUAAAUCGGCCCUCAUCACUUGCUGAAGCAUAAGAAGCUCAUUGUUUUGUCCAUUGGGAUCCUGGCCAGACAGAGUUGGACUCACUUGUUCUUGGUUAUAAAGUUCUCAAGGGAUGAAAGUUUGUCUCUAGCAUUGAUGCUACUGUAGGGUGAGCCUGUUGAACGCUGAGCAUGGUAAUCGUAUCCAUACUUUUCAGUGCCGAAAAGUCAACGGUAGUUUUGUGUAGAGAUUGUGUGCAAAACUACAAUAGUGCUUCAUCUUACAUUUGUAGGAUUAUGUGUAAACUGUCACUGGAAGACAGCACCGUCUUUAAAAUACAAUGGACUCUCCUUUAGGCAAGAAACUGUAUACAGUACAGUAGUUGGUUUCAUCCUAACUUUUUAAGAAAGUUGUUUGUCUAUGUACUAUACAAAAAACAGAUUCGACUUUAACUGUGACUUUUAAGAAUUAUCAAUUGCUAUUUAAAUAUUAAUGAGAACUUAAAAAGAAGUUUGAUAAAAUAAGGUACAGUACUGCAUAAUUGAUCUUUGAAUAUUUGGAAUUACUGUACUGUAUUUCUAUGCUUUAAGCUCUGAUGAAAAUAAAUGUAAUAAUUAACUAAUAGUCCAGUAAGGUGAUUUUUUAAUAAUAAAUUCAAAGUCUGUAUUAAGGUUAUUAUAAUGCACUACUGUACAGUAUUUGUUUAAUUUGGUUUUAACACCGUCAUGUACAUUCUAGAUUUUUCACCGUGAAUGCUGCACUCUAAUGAAGGCCAGGCCCCUGGAGAUCCCUAUGUGGAUCGUCUACCUUUUAGUCUUGGCAACAGGUUUUGCUCCACCACCCUCCAAGGCAGAGCUAAUGUUGCCAAGGCUACAUUGGCACUGGUGACCGUGGCCUCCUUGGGAGCAUAUGUGGUGGGCCCAACAGUGGUCAACGCACUGGCUGAGAUUCCAGCACCGGCUGAGAUUCCAGCACCGACAGCCAUUACCAUACAAAAGAAAAAAGAUGACUUGAUUCUCAUUGACUCUACUAACUGAACAUAUAUUAUUAGUUUAAACUUAGUAUCGCAGGUGGUGUCGGGACGUUUACAACUGUCGAGUAACAGUAAAUUUGAUUUCUGUUUUUGCAAAAGUUUUUAGCCUAGGACAUCAACCAUUCUGAAAUUCUUAGGGAUAAUUAUUGAGAGCAUUGGAGGCUAGCUAGAGCAAUCCACAGUAAAAAAAUUAUAUCGUUCUUUCCUCUAUAUCUUGAUGAUGAUAACUUAGCAAGAAUACUUGUGCACUAAAAGUACCACCUUCUGCUCCUCAUUCACUAGUCAUGGUAGAUGUACAUUUCCUGAGGUCACACCAUAUAUUUUUGAAUUUGUGAUAUUUUUUAAUGUGUGCCAAUAUCAACACAGGUGAAUUGAUGUACAGUUGCCCAGUUUUUAAGGUUAGUUGUUAAUAAAAUCUAAAUGAUGCUCAAAGUUUUGUAGUGGUUGUUUGGUUUGUAAUGUGUUUAGUGAUUUAUUCAUGUCUCAUAACCUGUGUGUGUAUACUUGGAAAUACUGGACUGUAAUCACAUAUCAUAAGUGUUCACUCAGAAUCAUUAUUUAUUCCAAUUUACACUGAAUCAUAGGUUUUAUUAUGUAAAUAAAUUCUGACCAGAUGGA